AUGGGCAACUCACCCAUAUCAACCCUUCCACCGGAAGUCCUGCAUCAAGUGCUUAACUAUCUGCCUAUCGCGACACUCCUCAGGUUCAGUCGGACGUCGAAAAGUAAUUACUCGGCCGCCAUAUUAGCCCUGCAAAAUUUACGACUGGCGAUUCUUCCACGCCAUAUUCAUGGCGUGCUGGCCUUCCUCAGCUCCUCCACCUUCGAUGGCAUCGAGUCGGACCUGGGAGAUACGUAUUUUGACGAGCCUACUCGAAACCAAGUCAUCAUCCCGUCCGCUCUACCACCGCUCGAUGGCCCACAACGAUCACGGACGAAAUGUCCAUCCCAACGUACUGUCACGCCGGCUCAAUACCGCGAGAAGCUGUUGCAACUCCAGAACGCGUUGGCGUGCUCCAUUCUCUCGACCCCGACUCUCGUGAGGCUGAGCGCCUUGACACUCCACAUCUAUCACAUCGUUUCACCUUCCUUGACCGAAAUCCUGGCCACGCUUCUCCCCAACCUACGAGAUUUGCGCCUCAACUUCUGCCACCCCUAUCUCCACGACACUUGUCUACCAGCACAGUAUUGGACCAAUCCUGUCUACCUUGAACCAAGCCCCAUAUGGAAUGCUUUGGCUGGAGUCGGUGGCGACAGCGGCGCGAAUCUGAGAUUGAGAAAAUUGGAGAAGCUGACGGUUGAGCGCGCCGGCAUCACCAGCUUCCAGUUACGCAAGUGGAUCGAGUGUAAUCCAAAUCUACGAGAGCUGAGGCUGCGGAAUGUCGCUGGCGUCGACGCCGAGUUCGUGCAAUGGCUAGGACAGUAUUAUGGUGCCGACGACGCCGAGCCUAAGGCGGCCAGACCGGCGAGGAUGAAAAUACUGGCCCUGGAGAGUUGCUCUUCAUUGGUGUUAGAUAAUGUCGAGCAGCUGACCUGGCUGGACUCGUUGUUCGGCGCGUUCAAAGCAGGACUCUGCGACCGGGAGGACGACGACGAUUCAGCACUCCAAGUUUUCUCCCUGCGGUACUCGAAGUCGGUCCAGUCGCCGGCGCUGUGCGCAUAUCUGGAGUCGCGCCGUCCAGGCGUCCAACAGAUCACCUUACCAGACGGCCGCACUCUGGCCCCGAAGAGCCGCCACAAAGGGUCAGGUACAAAUGAGCCUUCUGAGGGAGUCCAUCCCUCCCGUACCUGCAGCCGCGAGAAACGGCACCGACCCAGAAUUAUGCAACCGGUAUCUCAGAGGGAAGGACAGGAUGACGGUGACAACAAUGUCGAAACAUCCGACAUAAACGUUGGCGUCCACGCUCUCAGCAUGGACGAAAGCCAAACACAAAGCGUCGACGAUGAGAGCGAUACGAGCGAAGAUGAAUCGACGUCCACGUCACCUGUCUCGUACCUCCGACUGAUCAAUCGGCGUCCACCAAGGAAAGGCUGCAAAUUUAUUCCUAAUGAUAUCAUCGAGCCCGAUCCAGAUGUAACUUGA